GAAGGACUACCAUUCACAAUAUCAAGAGGUAUUACGGUAGUGGCAACAUUCAAUGAUCCUGUGAACAUUCCUUUGUCAGAGAUAGAGCUCCCUCAUGAUGUCAAUGAGUUACAGUUCAUGGGUGACUACGACCUUCCCAUUGCGCCCGGUGAUAUACCUGAUACCAUCACUGAUAUCAACAUGAGUGAGAACUUUGAUCAACGCCUAUUGCCUGGUUCGAUACCCAGCAGUGUAACAUCAUUGUGGCUCGGUGCCGCAUACUCUCAUUCCUUUGAACCAGGUGUCAUCCCGCACUCAGUCAAAGACCUCUGGCUGGGCAAGCACUACCAGGUACCACUUGUCCCGGGCGCACUGCCAAGCUCACUUACAAUGAUCAGCACGGGUGGAUUCAACCUGCCUCUCCUUCCUGGGUCACUACCUUCAUCAGUGACAUACAUAUGGUUUGGCGAGUUCAAUCAGCUCAUCACACCUGGCACCCUUCCUGCGUCACUCAUCAAGCUCAGAUUUAGUUACAAGUACAACCAACCUAUCGAACAAGAUGUUCUCCCAUCAACACUUCGAGUGCUCAUCUUUGAUGAACAAUUCAAUAGACCUCUCGAGCCCAAUGUCCUUCCCAACUCAUUGACCAAACUGAAGCUUGGCUACGACUUUAACCAGGAGUUGGAGAUUGGAGCCUUGCCCAAAUCAAUGUUGUAUCUUUAUAUGGGAAAGUGCUACAAUCAUGUGAUGGGUCCAGGCAUUCUACCAUCUUCUCUGGAGACACUGAUUCUCAGUCAGGACUAUGCUCACAGCCUGCAAUCACACUCUCUACCUCAAUCACUCACAGAUCUCUCCCUAGGCGAUCACGUUGACAUUGUCUACAUACUUCCGGCGUCACUCACCUCCCUCAGCUACUGCUUCAGCUCGAACAAAGGGUCCAUACCGCCAGAGGCCCUACAACAUUGUCGCAUACAAUGCAUCAAACUUGAUCACCAGCACUAUUAUGAUAACAUGGAUGAGAUGCCCAACAACAGCGAGUUCAACGGAAAUUUACACACAUUGAUCCUGGACAAUCUACCGAGCACAAGUGUAUUGCGAUCCAAGCUAAAACAGUACAAGGACACUGGCAUACCCAACCUAUCAAUCACCCAACACAAACAGAUACUUGUAUCAGUGAGGCGUCUCGACGAUCAACACUUGUUGGCAAUGGACAAGAAAUCAAGGACGUUCAUCACAACAUGGGAUACAAUACUGGAGAACUGUGUCAAGAUGUUUGGAAAGGUUGCCAAA